AAAAAAUAACUUUCACCGGCAAACAAAAAAGCCACGGCUGUGAGAGCCUCUCCCAGACUCCAACCGUAUGUAUUAAAUCAUGAACUACUCAGCUCCAGUUGUGUAAGAAAACACAACAGAAUGGGUUCCAUAGUAAAUGAAACCUCGUCCUUCGUUUCUUACAGGCUGUUAGAAGAAGAAGAGGAUAGUUCAAGUCCAAGUGAUGCAGUUAUAUUCGUAGGAAUCUCGCUGGUCCUAGGAAUCGCAUCUCGCCAGUUGCUCAAAGGCACUAGGGUUCCUUACACUGUUGCGCUGCUUAUUCUCGGCAUCGCUCUUGGAUCCAUUGAAUAUGGUACACAUCAUCACUUGGGAAAGAUUGGGGAUGGCAUCCGGCUUUGGGCAAAUAUUGAUCCUGAUCUUCUACUGGCCGUCUUCCUACCCGGCCUUCUAUUUGAGAGUUCGUUUUCAAUGGAGGUGCACCAAAUAAAGAGAUGUAUGGCACAAAUGCUUCUACUUGCUGGGCCAGGUGUACUAAUUUCAACCUUCAUCCUUGGAAGUGCGAUAAAGAUAAUAUUUCCAUAUAAUUGGAGCUGGACAACGUCAUUGUUGCUUGGAGGACUAUUAAGUGCUACUGAUCCUGUCGCUGUUGUGGCAUUGUUGAAAGAUCUUGGUGCAAGUAAAAAACUAAGUACUAUAAUCGAAGGAGAAUCUUUAAUGAAUGACGGGACUGCAAUUGUAGUAUUUCAGCUCUUUUUCCGAAUGGCCACAGGAUCAAGCUUGAAUUGGGCUGCUGUUGUCAAAUUUUUGGCUCAAGUUUCACUUGGAGCUGUAGGUAUUGGUAUUGCUUUUGGCUUAGCAUCUGUUUUGUGGCUUGGGUUUAUAUUCAAUGACACUGUGAUAGAGAUCACACUAACACUCGCAGUGAGCUACAUCGCUUACUUCACAGCUCAAGAGGGGCUUGAUGUUUCUGGUGUUUUGACAGUUAUGACACUGGGAAUGUUCUAUGCUGCAGUUGCUAGGACCGCUUUUAAGGGUGAAAGUCAACAAAGCUUGCAUCAUUUUUGGGAAAUGGUUGCUUAUAUUGCCAACACGUUGAUAUUCAUCCUAAGCGGAGUUGUUAUAGCAGAAGGUGUUCUUGGAAACCAUAGUAUCUUCAAAAGCGAAGAAUCUGCUUGGGGCUACCUGAUUCUCUUGUACUUGUUUGUCCAACUUUCACGAAUGGUGGUGGUUGCGGUACUGUAUCCUUGUUUAAGAUAUUUUGGUUAUGGUCUGGAUCGUAAAGAAGCUACCAUUCUUGUCUGGUCUGGUUUGAGGGGAGCAGUAGCACUUUCACUGUCAUUGUCAGUCAAGCGUUCUAGCGACAUCUCAUCAUAUAUCAGCCCGGAGACAGGAAUUCUGUUUGUGUUCUUUACUGGAGGAAUUGUUUUUCUUACACUUAUCUUGAAUGGAUCGACGACACAGUUCAUUUUACAUUAUUUAGAUCUGGACAAAAUGUCAGCAGCUAAGUGGAGAAUAUUAAAGUACACAAAAUAUGAAAUGAUGAACAAAGCAUUAGAGGCAUUUGGUGAUCUUGGUGAUGACGAGGAACUAGGACCUGUUGACUGGCCUACAGUUAAAAAAUAUAUUGCAAGUCUAACUGAUGUAGAGGGAGAGCAAGUCCAUCCUCAUACACAGUCCCAGACUGAUGAUAAGCUAGAUUCUAUGAAUCUUAAGGAUAUACGCAUACGUUUCUUGAAUGGUGUGCAAGCUGCUUAUUGGGGUAUGCUAGAAGAGGGAAGAAUAACACAAACUAUAGCAAAUCUUAUGAUGCAAUCUGUUGAUGAAGCAUUGGACUUGGUAUCCCAAGAGCCUCUAUGUGACUGGAAAGGAUUGAAGGCAAAUGUACAUUUUCCAUCCUAUUACAAGUUUCUCCAGACAGGAUUGUUCCCGCAGAAACUUGUUACGUAUUUCACUGCUGAAAGAUUAGAAUCAGCAUGCUACAUUUGUGCUGCGUUUCUACGCGCCCACAGAAUUGCACGUCGGCAGCUACAUGAAUUUAUUGGUGAUAGUGAAGUUGCAUCUAGUGUUAUUGGUGAAAGUGAGAUAGAAGGAGAGGACGCGAAGCAAUUCCUUGAGGACGUUCGUGUAGCUUUCCCUCAGGUUCUGCGUGUAUUGAAAACAAGACAGGUUACAUAUUCUGUAUUAAAUCAUUUAAUUGAUUAUGUGCAAAAUCUUGAGAAGGUUGGAUUGCUAGAGAAAAAGGAGAUGGUUCAUCUUCAUGAUGCUGUACAGAUGGACUUGAAGAAGCUCUUAAGAAAUCCUCCUCUAGUUAAGAUUCCUAAAGCACGUGACCUAGUCAGUCUUAACCCUUUCUUGGGCGCUCUUCCUCCCACAACUCGUGAGUUACUUGUAGGUUCAACUAAAGAGUCAAUGAAAGUACGCGGUACAACACUUUACAAGGAGGGAUCCCAGCCAAAUGGCAUCUGGGUUAUUUCGAAUGGUGUAGUGAAGUGGGCGAGCAAGACUAUAAAAACUAAGCACUCUUUGCAUCCAACAUUUACACAUGGAAGUUCACUGGGACUGUAUGAGGUGUUGAAUGAAAAGUCUUACAUCUGUGAUAUGAUAACAGACUCUGUGGUUCUCUGUUUCUUUAUUGAAGCAGAAAAGAUACGUAUGCUUCUCAGAUCAGAUCCAGCAAUAGUGGAUUUCUUGUGGCAGGAAAGUGCAAUUGUCCUUGCUAAACUCUUGCUUCCACAAAUAUUUGAGAAAAUGCCAAUGCAAGAAAUCAGAGCUCUUGUUGCUGAGAAGUCAACAAUGAGUACCUAUAUUAGAGGAGAAAGUAUUGAACUACCUCCCCAUUUCAUGGGCUUGUUAUUAGAAGGAUAUAUAAAAGGACAAGGGACCCAGGAGGAACUGAUAGCAUCUCCAGCAGCACUGUUGCCUUGGUAUGGUGAUAUGAGCUUCCGGGGAUCAGAUGUAUCAGGCAUCAAGUCCACCAGCUUUGUGCAUCAAGCAUCUUGUUAUCAAGUGGAGACCAGAGCAAGAGUUAUCAUGCUUGAUUUUGCUGCUUUUGAAGCUAACAGAUCCCUUCAGAGAAGGUCGUCUUCUUUGGUUUCACAUACAAAAGAUCAUCCCACUAGAUCCUUAAGUAAAGAACAUUGUGGUCUCAUGAGUUGGCCCGAACAGUUUUACAUGCAAACACAACCUAGUGAGCAUCGUAUAGAAGAGACUGACAAAAUUGGUAGCAAUCUAUCUGUCAGGGCAAUGCAGCUAAGCAUGUAUGGCAGCAUGAUUGACAACACCAGACUACAUGCACAGAGUUCUCGUGGAAAUAAUGAGAAGUCGUCUCACAGCUUGUCAUAUCCAAGAGUUUUAUCACCUGAAGGGCAGCCUCUUGUCUAUGCCAAGUCAGAAGGGGCUGCUACUUUUGGGAAAAUGCCCACUACUGCUACGUCGGGGAAGGUACCUGAUGGUAAAACUCCAGUACCGAGUUCUAGCACAACAAAAACUCAUGGAAUGGAUUACUCAAGCGACGAAUCUGGCACUGAGGAUGAACAUAUUGUUAGAAUUGAUUCACCAAGUACAUUAUCUUUUCCGCAGGUUCAGUAGUCUAAUUUUUGGCGUUCUCAUGUACAUGUGUUCACUAGAGUAGACAGCAUAUAUAUAGAAUAAGUAUCCUAGUGAAAAAAAAAAAUGUAAUAUAAGGCGAGUACGGGAUUGUAACAUCAUGAAUGUUACUUUGUUUUGUUUUGGGAUAUUCUCAGUAUCAUCAUUUGCACAA